AUGUUCAACAUAGUUCUGACAGCAGGUCUCUGCCUGGUCAUCGCCAGCUUGGGCUCUUCCGAAAGGCUGGUGUGUUACUUUAACAGCUUGGCCGAAGAUAGAGCAGACGCCGGGAAGUUCACGAUUGAGGAUAUCGAUCCGAACAAAUGUACCCAUCUGAUCUACGCCUUCUCUGACAUCAAUGAUUUCAAUGAACUGGUACCGACUAGAAGAGCAGACAUAUUCCGCUAUCAGUUGUUUAAUGGGCUUAAAAACAGAUUCACUACGAUGGUGUCAACCACACAAAAGAGAACAACAUUCAUCCAGUCUGCUGUCGCACUACUGAGAAUAUUUCAGUUUGAUGGGUUAAACCUGGACUGGAUGUACCCUGUGGGAGCAGGAGGUGACCCAGACAACAAGCGGAAAUUUACACUGCUAUGCAAGGAGCUCAAUGCUGCCUUUGAGACUGAAGGGAAGAAACACAACCGUGACCGAUUGAUCCUCACAGCAAGUGUCUCUGCUGAGAGAGAGGUUAUUGAUGCCAGUUAUGAAGUCAAAAACAUUACCAAGGACCUGGACUUCCUCAAUGUGCUGACGUAUGACUUUCACGGCCCCUGGGAAAAUUUCACAGGACAUCAUAGUCCCUUAUUCGGGGGAUCCCACGAUACUGGAGACAAAAUCUACUAUAAUACUGACUCUGCCAUGAAGUACUGGCUGGACAAAGGAGCACCUGCACAAUUGCUAAAUUUGGGACUAGCUGCAUAUGGGCGAGCUUUUUCCCUCUCCUCUGCAUCCAGUGAUGUUGGAGCUCCAGUCAGCGGCACUGGUGAAGAAGGCUGCUACACUAGUGAAGAAGGAUUCUGGGCCUAUUAUGAGACUUGCCUUUAUACUGAAGGGGCUACAGUCCAACGGAUUGCUGAUCAGAAAGUUCCAUAUGCCAUCACAGAAAACCAGUGGGUUGGAUUUGAUGACACACGCAGCAUUAGUACAAAGGUCAGUUACUUAAAAGCAAACCAAUUUGGAGGAGCCUUUGUUUGGUCAUUGGAUCUGGAUGACUUCAGUGGAAAGUUCUGUAACCAGAGCAAAAGUCCCUUCAUCAGCCACCUGAAUUAUCUACUGGUUCAAAGUUCUUCAACUUCCAGUACUUCAACGACCAUAACCCCAACUACCACUACAACUUUUCCAAAGACCCCAACUACUACGACCACAACUCCAAGUACUACAACAGCAACUCCAACUACUACAACCACUCCAACAACUUUUCCAACUACCACAACUCCAACUCCAACAACCACAGCAACUAUGCCGACGAGUACAACAACUACUCUGAUGACCACAAAUACAACUCCAACAACCACAUCAACCACUCCAAGUUCAACGACUCCAAGUACCACAACUCCAACGACAACAAUCGCAAAUACCACAACCAAAACUCAAACUACCACAUCCCCUACUACCACAACUACUCCACCUACCACGACCACAACUCCAAUGACCACAAUCGCAACUAUGACAACCACAACUCAAACUACCACAACCCCAACUACAACUACUACCAUAACUAUUCCAAGUACCACAACACCAACUCCAAUGACCAGAACUCAAACUACCACAUCAACUACUCCAACUACCACAACAACUCCAACAACCGCAAUCGCAACUACCACGACCAAAACUCCAACUAGCACAACAACUAUUCAAUCUAAAACAACAACUCCAACUACCAUGACCACAACUCCAAGCACCACAAUAGAAACUACCACGACUACAAAAACUACUCCAACUACAAGAACUACUCCAACUACCACAACCCCAACUCAAAUUACAAAAACAAGUAAUCCAACUAAGAUGGCCACAGCUCCAAUGAUCACAACCACAAUCCCCACUACCACAACCCCAACUACCACUACCAAAACAACUACUCAAUCUAAAACAACAACUCCAACUACCAUGACCACAACUCCAAGCACCACAAUAGAAACUACCACGACUACAAGAACUACUCCAACUACAAGAACUACUCCAACUACCACAACCCCAACUCAAAUUACAAAAACAAGUAAUCCAACUAAGAUGGCCACAGCUCCAAUGAUCACAACCACAAUCCCCACUACCACAACCCCAACUACCACUACCACAACAACUCCAACUAUCACAACAACCACUCCAACUACCACUAGCACAACUCCGACUACCACAACAACUACUCCAACUCCUCCAACUACCACUACCACAACCCCAACUACCACAACAACAACUCCAACUAUCACAACAACCACUCCAACUACCACUACCACAACUCCGACUACCACACCAACAACUCCAGCUACCACAACAUCUACUCCAACUUCCACUACAACAACUCCAACU